AUGCCCGAGGGGUAUGCGUCCAACUUGGGUAAGCGUGCAGAUGUGCUAGAAGGAAAGUUGGUGGGUAUGAAAAGUCAUGAUUGCCAUGUUUUCAUGGAAACUUUAGUUCCUAUUGCAUUUCGUGGCUUACCCGAAAGAAUAUGGAAACCAAUCACAGAGAUUAGUUUGUUUUUCAAAGAGUUAUGUUCCAACACAUUGAGGGAAGAUACUCUACUUUUGAUGAAUCAGAACAUUCGUGUAACCUCAUGUAAGCUGGAGAAAUUUCUUCCAUGUGGUUUCUUUGAUGUGAUGGAACAUCUUCCGGUCCACCUUGUACAAGAGGCACUACUUGGAGGCCCAGUUCAAUAUAGAUGGAUGUACCCUUGGGAGAGGAAAAUUGGCAAAUGUAAACGGUUUGUGAAGCAGAAGAAUAGGAUUGAGGGAUCUAUAUGUGAGGCCUAUCUCGCCAACUCGAAACGAUGA